AUGUCGGGUUCCGUCUCAAGAGCGGCUCGCGCCGACCUCAAAUCGGGUAAGCUCACUCUUGAGCAUUUCCUUAUGCGAGGGCGUACGCUUUCGCUCUACCGCAAGUACCUUCGCGCGACUCGGGACAUUCCCAAUCCACUGGCACGCUGGGAGACGAUCCAGUUCUUCCGUGACGACGUCCACCGCUUCCGCCAUGAGACCGAUCUGGAACGCAUCAAGGAUCUCCUGAUACAAGGCAAUCGCUUCCUCAAACAGAUGCAGGGCCAAAUGACCUUGGCUGGCGCUUCGGCCGACGGCAGCACCAACAAACUUCGCGGCACACGGCAGCUCAGCUCUCAAUAA